AGAAACCAGGGUUAACAAGAACGAUUGGAAAGUCCCGUUACCAAGAAAAGAUAACUAUUUUCGGUUUCCCAGAAAGCUUCAUCGAAACAAAGAAUUGUUAUUUCUAGAAUCGCUGUUUUUGUUAAUCUCAAGUGUUUAAAUAAGCAUGUAUGAUUUAAAAUCAAAUCAUAAACAAAAAAACUUUAUCAUUAGAAGGACCAAAUAUCUGAAUGACAUAAAUAUGCCACCUACAACAGAAUCUUUUGAAUUUACGGAUUUCAAUCCACUGAAAAGUAUACCUCUGUACAAAGUUGUGCUGUUGGGAAAUGUUGGGGUUGGCAAGUCCACCUUUUUUCGGAGAUAUAGAGACGGUUAUUUUACACACCUCAAGAACGACUGUGGUUUGGAUAAAUUUGAACGAGUUUAUAAAAGAAAAAAUGAGAACGUGAAGUUGCAACUAUGGGACACUGCCGGUUUGGAAAGAACAGGAAACCUGAUGGAAAAAUAUUUCCGAAGCUGCAAAGCAAUAUUAUUGAUGCAUGACCUGACAGAUCGUACGUCAUAUUACGACGCCAUGACGAAAUGGAAGGAAUAUUCCGACGAUUUUUGUCCUGACGACGUCAUGUACUUCGUCAUCGGUACUAAAAAAGACGAAGCGAGGAAUAAAGAAAUCACACUACCGAAACGUAAAGAACUUUUCAAACAGAUACCCGAAGAAAAUUUUUUCACGAUUUCAACUCGAAAUGAUGAUGAAUUUGAGAACUGCAUGACCACCAUCACAGAUAAAUUGAUCGAGAAUGGUCAGCCUGCCUACUUGAGAGAUCGAUUUCGAGCCUUGACGCUGAGUGACGAGCACAAAAUUAAAAAAAUUAAAAUGAAGUGUUGUGAAACAUAGUGUGUGAAACUGACAGUUAGUGAAUUGCUAAUCUUGUGCAAUGUAACAAACUGAACAACCUCGCAAGUACCUGUGCAAGUACCUGUGAACAACCUCGCAAGUACCUGUGCGAUUCAUGGACCCUUUAAGUGUUCGUUAGAAAAACGUAGGGACAAGGUUGCUAAGUAGAUUAAAACCGAUUGGUCAAAGAACUUUCAAUCGAUGGCAACCACGCUCGAACUAAAAAAUGUCAGAGAAAAUGCUUGGUAGUGCUGGAACUUCAAUAAUAAUAAUUAUAGUUAAACUGUUUUAAUAUCUUCAUAUUUUAAAAGAACUUCUAAAAAAAUGUGGAUUCCUUUUUAAACAAACAAGAACGUGGAAAGGCCUAGAAGCGGACUGGAUGCUGCCUUGGAAUUCUUAGUUUUCCGUUAAGCAGGGAUGAUGUCGAAUUCUGUAAUAUUAUUGUUUUCAAUAACAUUUGUAAAAAAUUUGUAAUUUUUGAAAUGUAAAUAUGUUUAUUCUAAUCUGAUAUCUUCAGAUCACAACAA